AGGAACCAGCUGAGGCAUUCAAGGUAUUUCAAGGCAUGAUGAUGGAGAUGGAGACGUAGAUGGGAGAUGUACGGGCUUAUGCACUGAAUCCGGUGAGAGCUAAACUCCUUCCUCCAAAGAAGAAGCGUGUGAUUGAGACUAUGGCAAGCAGCUUUUCUGCUGUCAAGGAGAUAGAAAAGACCAGCCCCGACGAGUUUUGGCCGAUCUGCUACUACUUUUUUCUAAUUUGCUGCACUUACAUAUCACUACCAUACCAUUUGCCUUAACUCCACUCCCGCUUUUGCGUAUCACU